ACGGAGGAGCAUUUGCACAGAAAAUAUUCUCCACUCUCUGGCAACUGGAUGGGAAGAAGGAUCAUCUUUGACCUUGGAAAAUGAAGAUGUUGUUGCCAUGGGAACUGUUAAUCCUUCUGUCACUCAAAGACUGCCUGGCUGAGAAUACACGCCAUGGUCCUGUCUUCACCCAGGAGCCUAGUGACAGUAUUUUCCCACUGAGCACGGAUGAUAAGCAGGUGUUUAUUAAUUGCAAAGCUAAAGGAAACCCUCCUCCACAUUAUAGGUGGAAUGUGGAUGGGAGAGAUAUAAACACAGAGUCGGAUCCAAACUACAGCCUUGUAGAGGGGAACCUGUUGAUCAAUAAUCCUCAUGUCAUCAAUCAUGGAGGAGUGUAUCAGUGCAUCGCCACCAACACGUUUGGGACCGUUGUCAGCAGGGAGGCAAAGGUCCAGUUUGCAUUUCUGCAGAACUUCAGCAGGAAGUCAAGGAACACAGUGUCGGUGAGGGAGGGUCAAGCCGUGGUUCUGCUCUGCGGCCCUCCACCCCAUUACGGAGAGAUCAAAUAUUCAUGGGUUUUCAAUGGACAGAUUGGCUUCCUGCAGCAGGACACCCGUCGUUUUAUCUCUCAAAGGACGGGCAACUUGUACAUAGCCAAAGUUGAAGCCUCAGAUGCUGGGAACUACACGUGUGUGGUGAGAAACAUGAUGACCAACACCACUGUGUUCAGCUCUCCAACCCCUGUGGUGGUGCGGAGGGACGUAGUGAUGGGUGAAUACGAGCCAAAAAUUGAGGUUCAGUUUCCUGACACCCUUCAAGUCUCUAAAGGAUCAUCAGUGAAGUUGGAAUGCUUUGCCUUAGGAAACCCUGUGCCUUCCAUCUCAUGGAGACGAGCUGAUGGAAAUCCACUCCCCGGCAAGAUUAAAAUCAACCACUCCAGUGGGGUUCUGGAAAUUCCAUAUUUUCGCCCGGAGGAUGCCGGUGUGUAUGAGUGUGUAGUCGAAAACAGCAGAGGACAAAAUGUUGCCAGAGGGCAACUUAUAUUCCACAAUGCUGAACAUCUGCAUUGGGUCCAGACACUGAAAGAUGCUCAUAUGGCCAUUGAUGCUAAUCUGCAGUGGGAAUGUAAAGCCGCCGGUAAGCCUAGGCCUACAUACAAAUGGUUGAAGAACGGUCAGCUGCUAACAGCAGAGGGGAGGACCUAUGUGGAAGCGGGAAGACUUACCAUAUCCAGGAUUAGUCUGUCGGACUCUGGGAUGUAUCAGUGUGUAGCAGAGAAUGAACAUGGAGCUGUCUAUGCCAGCGCUGAGCUUAAGGUUAUAGCUUCCCCACCUGACUUCACCCGGCGGCCCGUGAAGAAGUCCACAGUGAUCCAGAGGGGGGGUGAAGUGGUCUUAGAGUGUCGCCCCCAUGCUUCCCCCAAGGCCACAAUCUCGUGGUGGAGAGGGGGCGAACUUCUGAAGGACAGCGAGAGGUAGGACCACAUGAAGGAUGGGACUCUACGUAUCACCAACAUCUCCAAAUCUGAUGGAGGCAAGUACACAUGUGUGGCCAGAAACCAUUUUGGAACAUCCAGCAGUACGGGGACGCUGAUGGUGAAAGAUCCUACCAAGAUUAUAGUUCCACCUUUGAGUUUGGAUGCCACAGUGGGACAGAGCCUUGUGUUGCCAUGCGAGGUGUCCAGUGAUUCUUCCCUGAGUCCCAUCUUCAAGUGGUUUUUCAAUGGAAAAGCUAUUGAUUUCAACAGGCAGGAGCACUUUGAGAUGAUUGGAGGGGGAUUUGCAGGUGACCUGAUGAUGAGGAACAUUCAGCUAAAGCAUUCUGGGAAGUAUGUGUGUAUGGUACACUCUGAAGUUGACACUGUUUCAGCAGCAGCAGACUUAAUUGUCAAAGGACCUCCUGGUGCCCCGGAGGGCCUGGUGGUGACUGACAUUACAGACACCACUGUGCAACUGUCCUGGGGCUCUGGACCAGACAACCGCAGUCCUAUUACCAUGUAUAUGGUGCAGGCCAGGACCCCCUUCUCUAUAGGGUGGCAGACUGUGAGAACAGUUCCUGAUUCUGUGCCUGGACAGAUGAUGCAUGCAACAGUGAAAGAUUUGAACCCCUGGGUGGAUUAUGAAUUCAGGGUGGUGGCAAUCAACAGUGUUGGUGUUGGAGAACCAAGCACACCAUCAAAACAGAUUCGAACCAAAGCAGCAGUUCCCAAGGUUGCACCAGUUAAUGUGAGUGGAGGCGGAGGAGCUCGAGGAGAACUUGUCAUCAUGUGGGAGCCAGUUCCAGAAGAACAGCAGAGCGGAGAGGACUUUGGCUAUGUUGUGGCUUUCCGUCCAAUUGGCAGCAGCACCUGGAUCCAGACAGUGCUGGCUUCACCUGAUGCGUCGAGAUAUAUUUACAGAAAUGACAGCAUUGCACCCCUGUCUCAGUUUGAAGUGAAAGUGGGAGUCUAUAACAGCAUGGGAGAGGGAAUAUUCAGCCGUGUCGUCAGAGUGUUUUCAGCAGAAGAAGAGCCCUCUGACGCGCCAUCAAAAGUAUGGGCCCGUGCUGUGUCAGCUUCUGAGAUUGAGGUGUACUGGGAGCCAAUUCCCCCCAGGUCCAACAGUGCAAAGAUCAUUGCAUAUGAGGUUCUCUUUUGGGAGAAAGGAUCUCUGCAGAGUGAAGCAGAGAGAGUGAGUGUUAUCAACACCACAGCUCUGCUUUCUGGCUUGAAGGGCAGCGCAGUCUAUCUGAUCUCAGUCAGAGCCCAAAACAGUGCUGGACUUGGACCCUGCAGCCCUGCUCUUAACAUCACCACCAAGAAACCACCUCCAAGUCAGCCUCCAGGGAAUAUCGAGUGGAACCUGACCAACUCUAAGAUCUUUCUAAAUUGGGAGCAUGUCAAGGCAAUGGAAAAUGAGUCUGAGGUGACAGGAUACAAGGUUGUACAUCGUCAGAACUGGCAUGGCAGGACUACUGUAUUGGAAACCAAUAAGACCAGUGUGGAGCUGCAGAUUCCCUCUGGAGAGGACUACCUUAUUGAGAUAAAAGCACUGACUGAAGGGGGCGAUGGCACCAGCAGUGACCCCAUCUGCAUACCAAAGAUGUCCAGUCUUAACUCAAAAGGAUAUGUGUGUCCAGAACCAAUGAAGAUUUGCUGUGUUAUGUUUUUUGUAUGUUCUAUGUUCAUUUUGUAGGUUCUAAUGCCUUUAUAUUUAGCUCUGGACAUUAGAAUGAAUUUAGUUUACGAUUCUUUUAUACAGAUUUGUGGAAUAAGCAGAUAACUAGAGAGUUUAUCAACAGCUGGUUUGCAAACCAAAACUGGAUGAUAGAAGCGUUUUCAAAUGCCCACAAAUCUGUGGCUGCACCGUUACUCAUAGGCAACAGCACUGUUACAAAACAUUUUCAUCUGCUUAUUUUCAGGACCACUUCAAUCCUGCAUUUGAUAAAAAUGAAAAUUCAUUAAUUUUGAACUGAACCUGAGCACCGGUUCAUGUUUCCAAAUUCCACUGUCUGUUUCCACCUAUCUUGCCUCAACUUAAAAGUUAUUUAUUGGCUAGUAGGCCUACCUCUCACUAAAUAACCUACAAGCACAUCACAGUUUGCUUACUUUGUUCCUGAGUUAACUAAGCUCGGCUCCUUAUUCUAACCCCCAAACAAACGGCAGUUUUUGCCUUAAAAUUGUACUCCACUGACUUAGCAUUGCACUCCUAUAAAAUUGCUGGAGUCAGGGUGUGUUGUGCUAGUAGCGGCUAAUUUAGCCUUGAGCCCAGUGGUUUUCAUACUUUUUCUGUCACAACCCCUUCAGAAGUCAAAAAUUUAAAAAAAUGACUGCGUUUCAUCUACUGUAGAUUUUCAAUCCAGCCCUGCAUAUUGGCUCAAUGGCAUUGUUUGCUUACACGCCUAAAUAGAACAAAGCCAUCAUUAAUUUGUCUCUGAAGGUUCUCAGCCAUCCAGGUUAUAUUAUCCAAGGAAGGUUAAAGUCAAGAGCAACUGUACUUGGUUGCAGAUACUUGAAGAUGUUUCGUCUCUUGACCAAUAGACUUUGUCAGUUCUGACUAAGGCCACAUCCACACUACUACGUUUUUGUUUUAAAACAAAAACAAUCUCUGUCCACACCAGCGUUUUAGCUGCGUUUCAGAGUUGAUCUCUGGUGGCAUGCGCGUGCCGGUGUAAACAGGAAGCAGAUGGUCUGCUCUGAUGGUCUUCUGCAGUUGCAGAAGAUUUGGCGAAAGAAUAAAGUAAUACAGACAAAGAACCACACAAGAGGUUUUUUUUGCAUUUGCACCAACAAUGAGCUGGAACUGUUACUGAAAGUACAAAGCGACUGUGGCAGCGGAAAACGAAGUAAAUACGGCGACAUGCACUAUAAGUGUUAUUUUCACAGUACAAAAUAUUUUAAUAAAAAUACCAAAACAAUAGUGUUGUGUUUUUGCUUUGUAUGACUUAUAAGACUCAGUCAGAGAGCCAAACGUGAGCGUCUGUGUCAUUGUUUUAAAAGUCUUCCGUUUCACCUGUCCGCACUAAAACACUAACCCAGAGUUUUAAAACGAAAACGACCUAAGCAGUGUUUUCAAACGUUCGGUUUUAGGUGUUCGGACUUAGUCUGGAUGCGAGAUGAAAAUGGGGCAAAAGGUCUGCGUUUUAAAACGAAAACGUACUUGUGUGGAUGGGGCAUAACUGGUAGGGAUUAUUUAACCUCCGUGGGGUCAUCGAUACCGCUGGUUUGUUAGUGCUCCUGGUUGUUUUAACCACAGUCGUUAUAGUUGUUGGAGCCAACCAAGGCCUAGUCUGAACGACCACCGUUUGCAUCCUCACCUGAGGCCAAAAGUGAACGGUGCUUUAGUUUCCUGGGAAGUGAUGAAAGGACAGCAUUAUAAGUGGGGGCUAAGUGGUGUUGCAGACCCCCUCCCAUAUUAAGCAAUGGCUAACAGGGGAGGAGAAGGAAUUAAUUUGAAUUACAUUGCUUGUUAUUAAUAACACCUGUGCUUUUCCUACUAUGACAAGUCAAAAUAACCACUUAGAGCAAGGCCGUAUGUUAAGGAGAAGCUCCCUAUAUUAGCUAACAAUGCUGCCCAUGCUAGUUUGUUUGGGGUUAUAACUGUACAUAUCAUUCAAAUAUAUAUUUAUAACCAUUUAGGUUACAUGUGCAACCUGAUGUGACCUCCAGUCACCAGAGGUGUCGCCAGAUCCAUUAAAAGGAACAAUCUUGAGGAUUAACACUUUAAUAGCACACUCUUUUCAUCCACAGAGUUAUGGCAGCCUGUGUUGAUUUGUGCUGCUUAAACAUGUCACAUGUUGAGAACAGAUGCCAAUCCAGAUAAGAUGAAGGGAUUUAUUGCAAGGGAGAUGAAAUGAUGGCAUUACUACACUUACCAUGUAUCACACCCCCAAAACUGAAAGAUAACUAAGUAUAACAGAUCUCCUGAACCUCUCGUUUGUUGUCACCUCAUUUUGCUUUGUCCAUUUAGUGUGCUUUUCAUAAAACACAAACAUUAGCAUCCACCAUAACCAAGUGGAUCUCAUCUUGUUGCACAUGUAUGACUUGAUCAAAGAAACGUUUGUCUUUGAAGGUUUUCAGUCAUGCUCAGUUUGAACAGACUUGAUCCAACAUGAACAACAUCCAGUUGUCCAACAUUUUUGCAUAACAUCCUUCAUAUCUUGCUAAUUAACAUACCUUAGCUGUACUUAAGUACGCUGUAGGAUAUCAUAUUACAGUACAGAUCCAGAUGAUUUACAUUUAGCAUAUGAUGAACAUAAGCUGCAUUAAUGCAUUAUUACAUGUAAUCCUAGAAAUAUUUCCCUGAUACAAAAUAGUUGUAGAUGAACAUAAGCGUAGGAGACAAUAACACAUACAUUUUGUCCUGAACAAGAGUUGCUUGUUGAAAUGACAUACUUAAAGUAUAUAUAUAUUUCCCUCAUGUUUAGUUUUAUGCAUUAUUUUUUAUUUUGAUGACUGAAUUGCUAAAACAUUUAUUAUAUUGCAUUAUAUAUAGAAAAUCUUGUCCAUGUUGCUUUGAAGGAUUUAUUUUGUGCUGUUCAAGUACCAUAAUCUUUAAAUCCUUAUUUUAUUUACAGUUUUUUUUUUUAUUUGCUGGAAUAUCUCGUUAUGAUGUCUAAAAUUUGUAUUUAUGAAUUUGUUCCCUCUUUUAUUUAUGAUUAAUCUGCUUCUUUAACUGAAUCUGCAAUUUGUUUCUCAAGUAAUGUAAUACCAUUGUAUUAAUACAAUAAGAUAUCUCUGUGAGAUGACAAGAAGACUCAAUAAAAUGUUCACAUUGAAACCUUUAA